AUGUCCAAGAAGUCGUCUCGUACGCUCCUCAAAAUAGCCAUGGCUAUUUUGUGUGCAGCAAUUCUCGCCUCGCUGACUUCCAGACUCAGCGACGAUGAUUUCGCGCUCAGAGCAGAAAGAAUCAACAAAGUGUGUCGCACGUACCAGGUGGCCCUGGCGGAUCACAACAGACGCAUUUUGAAGCGCAACAUCAGCGACGAACGGCCCCACCUCUGCCCGAUGCGAGACUGUCCUAUUAUGAUGGACCCUGCACACAAAGUCGGCUACUGCUUCAUAAACAAGGUUGCGUCCACCACAGUCAAGUCCAUUUUCGGGCUCCUGCUACACAUCAGCAACACGGGAAACACAGUUAACAGCUUACACAAGGCCUUUCUUGAGCAAGUCCUCACAGUGUCACACAAGACAUUUCUACAGAGGAGCAGCGAGCAGCGCUACACAACCGCCAAGUUCGUGAGGCAUCCUUUCGAGAGGCUAGUAUCCGCUUACGUGGACAAGGCGCUAUGCCCACGUGCUGGCAAUGUCUAUUAUUACGACCGAUACUGGAACGACGUCCCUAACGUAAGGGCAACGGGCCGGAACUUGACCUUCCCGGAGUUCAUCGACUACGUACUGAAUCAGACAGUGAACGAGAUGAACCCCCAUUGGGCUCCGUACUACUUGACGUGUCAGCCUUGUAACGUCAAGUACGAGGUCGUCGGAAAGCUGGAAACAGCAAGCAGAGACUUUGCGCUGUUCUUUGGAGCGUUGGGUGCUCGGCUGGGGGACAUUCCACGGAAAAACAACGGUGGCGACCACGGGUUCCGCAAAUCUGCCCAUGAGUUUUUUAAGGAGCUCAGUUUACAUCAGGUGAUGCGUUUAUAUGAACGGUUCUUCUUCGAUUUCGAGAUGUUCGGAUAUGACUUCAAGGACUAUCUGCACUGA